GGUUUGAUUAAUGAAAAACUAAAAAAAAAGCUUGAUUAAUUAGAAAACAUUGUUGACAUCUAUCAAUUCUAUAAAGCAAUACAUAUUCCAGCUCCCAUAUUAUUUCUCUCUCCUACAUGGCACACUCACAAUUCAAGAUUUUCACCUCUCUCAAUUCUACACUUUCUGCCUUCAAAUUCAACAAUUGUUUUCUCUCGCCCUCAUCUCCUUCAAUCACCGAAACUAUAGCCACACAUUCAUGAAUCACCCACGCAAUUCGUCAAUCACUGAAACAAUCACUCACGAAUCUUUAAUUCAGCAUUAAUUAUCCAAGCUUUUGAAGCGCAUAAAUUUUCCAGGCCUUGUUUAUCUACAGAUUCACGAAUCAAUCUGCAUUCAAAUUCCAAUGUCAGCAGAUCUCACGAAGCUCAGAGAUUUCCCUCGCCCUUGAUCUCAUCAUUCAAAUUCGUCGAUUAGAAACAAUCUCCCUCGCCUUGUCCAUCUACUGAUUCACGAAUUAGUUUAUGAUGUAGCAGUUUUGGCUGCAGGGGAUGAGAGUGUUAUUGAAUGAGAACAUAUUGGAGAAUGAUCAUGCCUAUGUUUAAAUAUGAAAGACGAAAUGACAUAUUUCUGUUGAACACCACUUUUUAUCCAAAUUUACUGGAGAACUAUUUUCACGUAUAUGGAGACUCAUGAAAAACAAAGUAUUUGUUGAAAGAAUUUUUAUGCAGCAUGAGAAGGUUUUGUUUGAGGACAUGACAAGUUAUGGUUUUCAUUGUCUAUAAGUACUUUACAACAAUCGCCAGGCUAAAAGACGUCAGUGGACUAAGGAAGAAAGAUUUUGCUAGGGACUUGAAACGCAACUCCCUGAGAUUCUUCGAAGAAGAAAUGCUGGUCACUCGUGACCACCACAAGGAGACCUCCAAAAGUGCAAAGAUGUUUAGUGCUGCAGCAAUGGAUGUGUUUCUCAAUCUCUGGAGCUCAACACGCCAACUGCUCCAGUCUCAUGGUCUUCACGGCAGCGCUCAAUCGCCUCAAUGGACCUAUCCCGAAGGAGCUCCACCACUCUUAUAAAUCUCCAGCUACUCAGUCUCGCUAGGGAGAUUCCUGUUGGCCUCAGCAAUAUGUCCAAUCUGCAAUACCUAAAUCCUUGGUCAAUCUUGUGUUUGGCGAGAAGAAGGAGACGAUUGUUUGGUCAAAUUUGAGAGAAAGAGAUGGGGGGAGGAGGGUGAGGUGAAUUAAAAAAAUAAUUUUUAUUUAUUUUUAAUAUUUUGUAAAUGUAAUUUUUCCCACCAACUUUAAAGUUACUGCCAAAGUCGAAGAUGCAGUAAUUUAUUUGAAUGAUUUAAGGUGUAAUUUGUUCAAGUGUA